UAUUCCUAGACACCAUUCAUCUCGCACCACUGCACUUUACGACUGCACGUAGGCACUUUUUAUUUCGAUUCCCGCGCACGGCAAAAAUGGCAGGCACUGCAAAACUGUAUUACAUUUGGAACUUCUUCGAGAAGAUCGAACCGGCUGGAUUCGUAGGCGCUUGGUUACAAGCAGGCAAGUAUGUGCAGAGAAACAAGGACUACAUCUCAACCCAACUCCAUCGCAACUUGAACCCUAACGGUGCCUUCAAGUACAUAAACCAUGCUGCAUUCGACGGACUCACCUUUGAGGCCUUUCAGCAGGGCAAACCAUCAGAGACCUGGAUAAAAAUGACGAAGGAAGCAUCAGCAAUUAUACAAGUGGCCUACCCAGGUGGCUACACUGAAAUUGCAACAAAUACUGGGAAACCAUUAGGUCCCUGGCUGCCGAAAGAUGACAAGGGCGUCUUCAUCGUCACAUCAUUCAAAGCCGCUGAUGAAAACGAUGCCAAGCUUCAGGAAACCUUCGAGAAGGACUGGAUGGAAUCUUCGGGCGCUAACUUCAUCAUUCAGAAAGCUCCCAAAGAUCUCGGUAUCUCUCACUUGGGUCUAUAUAAGAAAUUUACUGCGCGUCCAGGAUUGAAGUACGUCCUCCGUGCAGAGCUGGAAGGUGUUGGAGAGGAUUCGGAGGCUGCAAGGAGCUUCCUAAGUCAGUUGAAGGCCUUCAAGUUUCCCGAUUACUUCGAGCGUGUGGAUACUGAUCUGUACAGGGCUGACCCCGAUCAUAUCGUCUUCCCCGAAGCAGGAAAGAAAGAUCUCCCUGAAGGAUAUAGUUAUAAGCCUUAGAAUUCCAUUAAAUUAGGAUCUAGUUGAAAAAUAAAAUCUAGAACAUCUCUUAAAAAAUCUUAUGAAGUGAUUUUGACGUCGGAUGACUGCAUACUAUCUUUUUAUAUAGUUGUAGGUGCAAAUCUGUCUUUGUGUGUAGUAUACAUUUUAACAUGACGUAUUUGGCGGAAUUUUAAGCAAAACAAAUGCGCGUUUGCCUAGUAUAAUAUAAAAAAGCAUGUUUGACAGUACAAAGAGUUUGAAAUACAAAGAGUUAAAGGAAUUUGACAAAACUGCAUCCUCAGUUUAUUUUUAGUUUAGAGUUUUUAUGAGUCCCCACUUGAAAUAGUUCGACUAUGAUGUAGAAAAUAUUUUAUUUUUCAAGUGGAAAGCCUGAUUUCUAUUUUUAAUGUAUUCGUAAAACGGCUGCUUUCUUCGUUUACAGGGUUAUAGCUGUCUGAACUAGGAUGAUUUAUGUAAACUGAUGAAAAGCUUUAGCGGUAAAUUAAAUUAGGUCGUCCUAUUUUAAGCUUGUCAGUCAUAUUAAUGCAUAAUGGAAAAAGACUCGUUCGCGAAACGAAGUAAAAAAAAAAGUAUGGCAACGUUGUGUUCAUAAAUGUCGAAACCUUGAUUAGAUUUUGGUGAUGAGUGAAUGCCUAUUGGAAAGAAACUUUUUCCCUUUAUCGAUAAACCAAUCCUAAGGAAAUAUUUGAAGUUAAUGGGCAUUAUAGUAUUUGUUGUCGCUUUAAGCAUAACACAGAAUAAUUAGGUGUUGGGCCUUCAGCCCAACACUUAUUGUUAUUGUAAGAAUUUACUAUUCUUCAUAUUUUUAUUCUUCUCAGCAAAUUCUCCUCCAGAACUGUUUGUCAAAAUGAAACAUAUGUGAACUUCAAUUGUCAAUACACGAAUGCACAUCUUGAAAGAUUUACAAAUUUAAUCUUUGAAAAUCAAUGAGAAAUCACCCGUGAGAAAUCGGAACUUGAGUUUCACGGGAAUCGAUAUGAUAAUACAUGAUCUUCAUUUUAUCUUGCGCGUGCAAAAUCACGUAACCCUUCCUUCCAGUCCAAACUGGAAGUGAUUUUUAAUUCUAAAGUGGAAAAAGAUGUGAACUUGCUUUCAACGAUGUUAGUCUUUGGCUAUGUUGACCUUUCCAAUAAAAUUACCCGUGACAUCAUAAAAUGUUAGAGCGCCCUCUAGCGGCAGGUUGAAAAAUGUUUAAAUGAAUAAUCAUUUGAUGUUUGUGGCGAAGUUUGUGAUAAUCGCUUCAAUUGUCUUAAUGCAGACAAGACCUGUUUUCGAAAAAAAAUAAUGACGUCAUCGGACCGGAAGUUAUAAUAAAACGCCCUUUAA